CUUCGGACACCAAACACACCGCGUCGCCCUGCUGUCGUGCAUCACAGCAUCCUCCCACCUCCCACCUCCCUCUCACCCGUCUCCGAAGACGCACACCACCCUUUCCACCUCUCCAACCCGUCAAGAUGCGCGAAGUCAUCAGUUUGAACGUCGGCCAGGCCGGCUGCCAGAUCGCCAACAGCUGCUGGGAGCUCUACUGCCUCGAGCACGGCAUUCAGCCCGACGGUUUCCUCACCGAGGAGCGCAAGGCCAACAAUGAUGACCACGGAUUCUCCACCUUCUUCUCCGAGACCGGCAAUGGCAAAUACGUUCCCCGCACCAUCUACUGCGAUCUCGAGCCCAACGUGGUCGACGAAGUCCGCACCGGCCCCUACCGCAGCCUCUUCCACCCCGAGUUGAUGAUCACUGGCAAGGAGGACGCCUCCAACAACUACGCCCGCGGCCACUACACCGUCGGCAAGGAGCUCAUUGACCAGGUGCUGGACAAGGUCAGGCGUGUGGCGGACAACUGCUCGGGCCUCCAAGGCUUCCUCGUCUUCCACAGCUUCGGCGGUGGUACCGGCUCUGGUUUCGGGGCGUUGUUGAUGGAGCGUCUCUCCGUCGACUACGGCAAGAAGUGCAAGCUGGAGUUCUGUGUCUACCCGGCCCCUCAGGUCGCCACCUCGGUCGUCGAGCCGUACAACUCCAUCCUGACCACCCACACCACUCUUGAGCACAGCGACUGCUCCUUCAUGGUCGACAACGAUGCCAUCUACGACAUCUGCCGUCGCAACUUGGGCCUGGAGCGCCCCGGCUACGAGAACCUGAACCGUCUCAUCGCCCAGGUCGUCUCGUCCAUCACCGCCUCCCUGCGUUUCGAUGGCUCGCUCAACGUCGAUCUCAACGAAUUCCAGACCAACCUCGUCCCCUACCCCCGCAUCCACUUCCCCCUCGUCGCCUACGCCCCCAUCGUCUCCGCAGCCAAGGCGGCCCACGAGGCCAACAGCGUGCAGGAGAUCAGCAUGCAGUGCUUCGAGCCCAACAGCCAGAUGGUCAAGUGCGAUCCCCGCAAUGGCAAGUACAUGGCCACCUGUCUGCUCUACCGCGGCGAUGUCGUGCCCGUCGACGUCCAGCAAGCCGUCGCCACGCUCAAGACGAAGCGCACCAUUCAGUUUGUGGACUGGUGUCCGACCGGCUUCAAGAUCGGCAUCUGCUACCAGCCACCGCAGAUGGUGCCCAACGGGGAUCUGGCCAAGGUCAGCCGUGCCGUCUGCAUGCUGUCCAACACCACCGCCAUUGCCGAGGCGUGGUCGUCGCUCUCUCACAAGUUCGAUCUCAUGUACAGCAAGCGCGCCUUUGUGCACUGGUACGUGGGCGAGGGCAUGGAGGAGGGCGAGUUCUCGGAGGCUCGCGAGGAUCUCGCUGCCCUCGAGCGCGACUACGAGGAGGUUGCUGCCGACUCUACCGAGGGUGAUGAGGGCGCCGAGGCGGAGUACUAGGCUCCUGCAUCGACGCGAACAUGACUUGAAGCGUGUGAAGAUUGUGACUCGCUGCAAAGCACCCACUUGGGACUGCCACCGAACGGAGCAACAGUGGAGAGGGAGGAGGAUACUGAGAGCGUUGUUUUGAGAUUGCAGCACAGAAUAGGCCACUACUUGCAGAGAGUAUGCUUGAGGUUCUUUUGUCGAGUGCAUCCGCAGUCUAUGCUUCCCCGGUUCCAUCACCUGCCAAGCUGGCAGGAUUGCCAUGCCCGUGAGCCGU